AUGAGUUACAAAUCGGUGAACAAGGAUGGAUUCAGAAACGACGGGAAUUUAGUGAUGUCCAAAAGGUCACCUUCUAUUUUGGUGACCGACUCCCGUUCCUCUAAGAAAAGAAUGAGUGCACCAUUUGCUGGGCAUGCGGCAGGAGUGCGAAAUCGAGAUGGAUCGAGUGACUCUCGUGAAUUCCAAUCUCUUGCAGGCACUUCUUCAUCUAAAAGAAGAGCUGCUGGUAGAUUUAGUGAGAUUUCAGUAGAUAAUAUUCUUUCUGACACAUCCGACGUUCCAUCGGGUAAAAGAGAAGAGCGACAGUCAGUAUCCUCAACGGAUCGAAGUCCGUUAGCGGAUAAGCUGCGGUCACUGGCCUACUCCAAGAUGAUUAACCCGCUUCCUCCUCGAACGUCCAAGACUUCCCAAAAAUUAGUUCUGAUUCCUGAGGAUGCCAGUGAUGGAAGAGAAUCUAUAACAGGAUCCUUUGGCAAAAAAAAGUCAACAACCUCUUUGAAAGUGCACAAUGAUAGAAGCGUAUCAAGCCGUAAGGAACAUAAACUUGCUCGAAUAACGGCUUACAAUGUUGCGGAAGGUUUAAAUUUAAAAUUGAUGUCCAAAUUCCUGAAAACUACGCACGAAGUGUCGCCAAGACUUUACGAUGAAUGUCUCUAUGUCGCCUACACUCUACCUCUUUUGCAGGGCAAAGAUGGUUUUCGGGUCAAAUCGAAUAUCUCCAAAAAAGUUGUUGGAGGAAAGACUCUAAUUGAUAAGCUGAUCGACACAAGUGAACAAAGGGACCAUCAUUAUGAGUACUACUCUGGUGUUGAAACCCCGGAAGAUAUUAGUAACGCAUACGAACUUGAUCCUAACGCCGUACAAUUGGAAAGUGAUCUCAGCACCAUACCGAACCACUUACCGAAUCACUCAGGUUAUCAGGAUGGUUUUGAUCCCAGUGAGCCACAAUUUUUUGCGGAAGAAACUCCGGUUGAACAGGAACUAAGGGAAAAGAAGGAACGUCUCACUUACAAUUCAACCAUCGAGCGCAGUUCAAAUGAACGUGGGAACCAUCAGCACGCAGAAAUCUUCAUUUUUCGAUAUGGAGUGAUUGUUUUUUGGAAUUUCACUGAAAUGCAGGAAAAGAAUAUAUUGGGAGAUAUUGCUUUUGCUGAUUACAAGAACCUAGUGAUGAGGCCUUUGGAUGAGCAAGAUAUAGAAAGGGAGCAGUUUCAUUUUGAUUAUGACAAGGAUACCGAGAGACCCAGGAUUUUCAACGAUAUUGUAACUUUAAGAUCUGGCGAUCAUAUAAUAGAGCUCACGCUGUCUCAUGCCAUUGCACAAUCUUCGAAGCUUUCCCGGUUUGAGUCUAGAAUAACACCUAUACUUACUUCAGUAACCAAACUUCCUAAACGGCUUGCUCUUUACGGUACAUUGGGCCUUAAGCGAGAGCAACUAUUAAAAAAAUCUGGUAAACUAUUCAAAUUGAGGGUUGAUGUUAAUCUCUCAUCAAGCAUAUUAGACACACCCGAGUUCUUUUGGAGUUUUGAACCGAGCUUACAUCCUCUGUACGUUGCUAUGCGAGAGUACUUGGAGAUUGACCAACGGGUGCAAGUAUUGAAUGACCGUUGCAAAGUAUUUUUGGAAUUCUUCGAUAUUUGUGUCGAUUCAGUGGCCGAACGUAAUAUGGCAAGAGUUACAUGGUGGUUUAUUAUCGCAAUCAUAAUUGGAGUGGCCUUUUCACUUGCUGAAAUACUAGUACGAUACAUAAUUAUUCAUGGUAGGUAA